UAAGUAGCGUGCGUGUGUGUUUGCUACUCUAAUCUCCAUAGACAGUGUGCAAUACAAAUAGCAAGUGACAGUGCCCUACUGCACCACAGAAAAGCUUCAAAGCAAAGAAGAGUGCUCGCGGUAGUGCUGCAAAUAAUCUUCAAGUCGGUGCCAUAAUUUUCCACUCGAAAUAAGAUGGCAGCAGUAGCGACUACGGUACAAGACAUGAAUGAUAGUGUAAGUAGCGGAAUGGCAGGAACGGCCCAGUCGUCAGCAGCAGCAACCGUGCCAAUUGUGACACUUCCGGGAGUGUUUCGGAGACGCAUCGAAAAUCUGAAACACAACAGUGAGUGUGAAAAUGAUGAGCAACGUCACAAUCAGACGCUACCUUCGUUUGCCGACGCCAAAAUGGCCGCCUCCGAUUCCGGUGUGUUCCUUUCCAUGCAGGACAUCGAUCGUGAUCCACCGGGUAGUGGAACUGGCAGCAUUAUCGGCAUGUCCCGGCUGCUGUCCAACGGUAGUGGUAGCUCUGGCGCUCGCACAAAGGAACCCACACCACGACUGGAUCGCGAUCGUUGCGCGGCACUGGAAACGAAUAAUAGCGUAAGCAACGCUGAUGCACUGCAGCGAAAGGUCGUGCAGGAGGAGGAAGACGACCCCGCCAUGGAUGGGAACGAUAACGGCGUAGAUAACGACGAUGAGGAGGAGGAGGAGGAAGUUGGCAUUACGCUGCGGCUGGGUAAGAAGAAGCCAGAACUGCGUCUGAUGAAGGAUCGUACCUGCCAGAGUCUGCCGGACGUUAACAGUCCACGACCGAAAGCGCUACCGAAGGUAGUUACCGCCUGUGAUAGUACCGAUACGGAUGGGUUCGGAGAGGCCGAUGACGACGACGACGACGACGACGACAACGACAACGUUCCGGUGAGACCUAGCGAUACGGGUGGCACAUCGCAAAUGGCCCCAAUAGUGGAACAGCCAACCGGCAGCAGUAGUGGUGAGGAAGAAACAAUUACUGCCGCUACCGUGGUUCCUGUUCCGAACAAUCCGCUAGUGAAGCCACAGCUACCUGCACCUGGUCCACCGCCACUUGACCCAAACGUGCUGCAAGUGUUUGCCAUCGAUCCGAAACUAAUCAACAAGUACGAUGGAUUAGAACAAACGCUGUACUACAUCGAUGAAAACGGUAGUCCCAAGAUUCGCGAGAAAUACGCCCUCCAGCGACAGUUGGCGGAAGAAAAGCGGCAACGGAAGCAGCAAAAGAAGCUCGAACGGGCGGCCAAAUACGGUGGUUCGCUCGACGGCGAGCCACCGGUGCAGUGUUCCUGCUUCAGCUUUAGCCGAUUGUCCCGCAAACUCAAGGAGAUGUGUAAGGACGGUUCCAAAGUGACGACGGUUGUAGCAACACCCGGACAAGGCCCAGAUAGACCACAGGAAGUAUCAUACACAGAUACUAAGAUAAUUGGCAAUGGAAGCUUCGGCGUCGUCUUCCAGGCGAAACUCUGUGAUACGGGCGAGCUAGUCGCCAUCAAGAAGGUGUUACAGGACAAACGAUUUAAGAACCGUGAAUUACAGAUCAUGCGACGACUAGAACACUGUAACAUCGUUAAGCUAAAGUACUUCUUCUACUCCAGUGGCGAAAAGAAAGACGAAGUUUAUCUGAACUUAGUGCUCGAAUAUAUCCCAGAAACGGUUUAUAAAGUCGCCCGUCACUAUGCUAAGAACAAAUUAACGAUACCUAUCAACUAUAUCCGAAUUUACAUGUAUCAAUUAUUCAGAAGUCUUGCAUACAUCCAUUCGCUCGGUAUCUGCCAUCGUGACAUCAAACCACAGAACCUGCUGCUCAAUCCAGAGACGGCUGUUCUGAAGCUGUGCGACUUUGGCAGCGCCAAGCAGCUGCUGGACGGUGAGCCGAACGUGUCGUACAUUUGCUCCAGAUAUUACCGAGCUCCGGAGUUGAUAUUCGGCGCCAUCAAUUAUACCACCAAGAUUGACGUUUGGAGUGCGGGAUGCGUGCUAGCAGAGCUGCUGCUUGGACAGCCCAUCUUCCCGGGCGAUUCGGGCGUCGAUCAGCUGGUGGAAAUCAUCAAGGUUCUUGGCACACCGACACGAGAACAGAUCAAAGAGAUGAAUCCCAACUACACGGAGUUCAAAUUCCCGCAGAUCAAAAGUCAUCCAUGGCAAAAGGUGUUCCGGACACGCACCCCACCAGAAGCGAUUGCGCUGGUUUCCCGCCUGCUGGAGUACACACCGGGCACGAGAAUCACACCGAUGCAGGCUUGCGCUCAUCCGUUCUUCAACGAGCUGCGAGAAGGCAGCAAGUACCUACCGAAUGGUCGCGAGUUUCCACCAUUGUUCAACUUCACCGAGCAAGAGCUUGCCAUUCAGCCGAGCCUGAACCUGAUUCUGAGGCCCAGAAACCAAAACGAGGCAGCAUCGAAGGCUGGACAGUCGUCGAGCGGUUCGAUGGAAGGUGGCAGCGGAAGCAGUGGCAAUGGAGGCGCCGGUGUAGGCAGCUCAUCUGGCAGUGGUGGCAGUGGCGGCGGUGUAGCUGGUGCUAGCAGCACGAGCGAUCCGACCAAUCUGGCCCAGCAAUCGUGCAGCGGUGCAGCCGGUGGUGCCAGUGGUAGCGGUGUCGGUGUCGGUUCGGAUGACAUGACUGCCGCUAGUGGGGGCGAUGCUAGCACCUGCCAGCCAACGGCAGCCACCUCCUCGAUGGGUUAGCUUUAAUUGUGUACGUUUCGAUCAUCCAACACAAGAA